AAACAACAACUGACUUAUCCGAAGCUGGGGUAGCACUCCUUCACUUCAACUUCAACUUCAACUUGGAGAUUGUCAUUGAUGAGCUUCAACCUCCUCUGAAAAUGGCUUUAUUCUCUGAUUCAUCAACUCAACCAAUGCCAAUGGCUGCUACACUCACCACCAUCACCACAUUCACAAUGCACUAACCAUUCCCAUGGCUUCCCAUUGCUUCCUUCGUUCUCUUCCUUCCUCUUCCUCUUCAUCUUCUCCAUCUCCAUUCCCCAAAUCCAAAAGAUUCCCCAAACCUUCUUACCUCCCUUCAAUCUCCUCACGAAUUCAACCCCCAGAACCCGACAGCAAUGAAGACAACAACUCAAAACCCCCCAAAAACAACAACAACCACUUCAAUCUCCUCAACCUCUCCGUAACCCUCACUGUAAUCUCCGCCUCCCUCCCACAACCCUCUUCCGCCGCCACCGCCACCGUCAAGGGAAAAAAACGGGCACCCAGAAAACCAUCCACCAAAAAGGUUGAAGCUAUAUCGCCGGAGGAGCUCAAGUCAUGGACCCAGGGACUACCCCUUGUCUCCGAGCGUCUUCCUUACAGCGAAGUUCUGGAGCUGAAAAAGUCCGGGAAGCUCAAGCACGUGAUCAAGCCCGGUUCUGCAAAGUUGAGGCAACGGGCGGAGGCGGUUCUGGUGGUUUUGGAUGAUUCUAGAGUGAUGAGGACAGUGUUGCCUUCAGUUCAGGGUGAUUCCAAGUUCUGGGGUUGUUGGGAUGAGUUGAAGGUUGAUUCUUUGUGUGUGAAUACGUUUACGCCGCCGAUUAAGGGUCCGGAGUUGCCACUUCCUCUGUUGUCGAGGAUUUGGGUGCCCCCUGUGGUGAGGGACUUUUUUAUUUCACUUGGUGAGACGAAGCCGAAGAAGAAGGAGUCCAAGAAGCUUUUGGAGUUGAGGCAGACUAGGAUGGAGCUGAGGAGGCAGAAGGAUGAUGAAAUGAGGAGGUUGAAGGAGGAGAAUGAUAUGAUGGAGAGGACAAUGAGGAUUCAGAAGAAGGAGGAGGAGAGGAGGAGGAAGAAGCAGAUAAGGAAGAAGAGGCAGCAGGAGUCGUUGAUUGAGGCUAGAGAGAAUUACGUGAGGAUGGCUGAUCUUUGGUCUGAUUUGGCUACCAAUCCGAAUGUGGCGAAUGCGCUUGGGAUUCUUUUUUUCUAUAUUUUUUAUAGGACUGUGGUGCUUAGUUAUAGGAAGCAGAAGAAGGAUUACGAGGACAGGCUCAAGAUUGAGAAAGCAGAAGCUGAGGAGAAGAGGAAGCUGAGGCAGUUGGAGAAUGAGAUGGGGGGGAUUGAAGGCGAGGAUGAUGAUGAGAGUGAGCCAGGGAAAGGGGAGGAGAAUCCUUAUUUGAAAAUGGCUAAGCAGUUUAUGAGAUCAGGGGCGCGUGUUCGAAGAGCACAAAACAAGACGCUUCCCCAGUAUCUAGAGAGAGGUGUGGAUGUCAAGUUUACUGAUGUUGCCGGGCUGGGGAAAAUACGGCUUGAACUUGAGGAGAUUGUCAAGUUCUUUACUCAUGGAGACAUGUACCGAAGGAGAGGAGUGAAAAUACCAGGUGGCAUACUUCUUUGUGGCCCACCUGGAGUGGGAAAGACAUUGUUGGCAAAAGCAGUGGCGGGUGAGGCAGGGGUUAACUUCUUCUCUAUUUCUGCUUCACAGUUUGUUGAAAUAUAUGUCGGUGUUGGUGCUUCUCGUGUUCGAGCACUUUACCAAGAAGCCAAGGAAAAUGCUCCAUCUGUUGUCUUCAUUGAUGAGCUGGAUGCUGUAGGAAGGGAGCGAGGCUUGAUUAAAGGUUCAGGUGGGCAGGAACGUGAUGCUACUCUUAAUCAGCUCCUGGUGUGCUUAGAUGGAUUCGAAGGAAGGGGGGAGGUGAUCACUAUUGCAUCCACAAACCGACCAGACAUUCUGGAUCCAGCACUUGUGAGACCUGGCCGGUUUGAUCGGAAAAUAUUUAUUCCCAAACCUGGGCUCAUUGGCCGGAUAGAAAUUCUGAAGGUCCAUGCUCGUAAAAAGCCAAUUGCGGGAGAUGUGGACUAUAUGGCUGUCGCUAGCAUGACUGAUGGAAUGGUUGGUGCAGAGCUAGCCAACAUAGUUGAGGUUGCUGCUAUCAACAUGAUGCGGGACACAAGGACUGAGAUUACUACAGACGACUUAUUACAAGCUGCACAAAUGGAAGAAAGAGGAAUGUUAGAUAGAAAGAAUAGAAGCAGUGAGACAUGGAAACAAGUAGCUAUAAAUGAAGCUGCAAUGGCUGUUGUGGCUGUGAACUUCCCUGAUCUUAAAAACAUUGAGUUUGUCACAAUUGCUCCUAGAGCUGGUAGGGAAUUGGGUUAUGUUCGGGUGAAGAUGGAUUCCGUCAAAUUUAAUGAAGGAAUGCUCACUCGGCAAUCCCUCCUAGAUCAUAUUACUGUUCAACUAGCUCCCCGUGCUGCUGAUGAAAUUUGGUUUGGGAGUGAUCAGUUGAGCACGAUAUGGGCUGAAACUGCAGACAAUGCUAGGUCUGCAGCAAGGAUAUUUGUUCUUGGAGGGCUUUCUGAUAAGCAUCAUGGAAUGUCCAAUUUCUGGGUGUCAGACCGAAUUAAUGAAAUUGAUUCGGAAGCAUUGCGGAUUCUCAACUUGUGCUAUGAACGUGCAAAAGAGAUCCUGCACCAAAAUAGAACAUUGAUGGAUGCGGUUGUGAAUGAACUUGUUGAGAAGAAAAGCUUAACAAAACAAGAGUUCUUUCAGCUAGUAGAGUUGCAUGCGUGCCUGCAACCAAUGCCUCGUAGCAUUCUUGACAUUCGGGUUGACAAGCGUAGAGAAUUUCAGGCAUUGAUUAGUAACUAAUGGCAAGGAAACAGCUUUUAAGAGCCAUUGUGUAAGGGGAAAAUGCCCCACCAAUUUUGUGAAUUUUCUGCGAUAUGUAUAAUUUAGUGUACCUUAUUCCUGUAUUAUAUUCUUUACUAACAUCCACACUAUGUAGUAUAAACAUUUUUUUGGUCUCUACUCUUUAGCAUUUGCUAACUGGGAAGGGGAGAUUUGAACCCAUUUUCCCUCUGGAGGAAAGCCAAAAUAAAACCUUUGAGCAUUUUCUA